AGCUUUUCCUGCAUAGAACAGAGAGGCACAAAGUCAAGGCAUGCGAGUAAGGGCCGGGGAUCCCGAGAGGGCGCGGGCCACGCUGUGGCCGCUCCCACUCAGCGUCUGUCCCGGAGGGCAGAGGCCCAGAGGCCGAGUUGGCCGCUCCGGACGUCCGCGUACCCCAGGCCCCCGGCCGCGCUUCCACUUUUCCGCUGUUGUGUCCUUGGACUUCGCGGCGCGGAUCCUGAGCGCCCAGAAGCGGCAACGCUGGGAGCUAGAGGCUCACGGUGAGCCUGGGACCGGGACAGAGCGCGCCGGCUGCACUGAGCCGAGCUGUGGCGGUCCCUACCCGGACCCCAAGGGACGCCCGCUGCCCGCAGAGCCCGGAGCGGAUCGAGGAACUGGGUGGCGGGGCGGAGAAAAACCAAAGGUAUAUCAAGGGGUCCGAGUGAAGAUCACAGUGAAGGAGCUGCUGCAGCAAAGACGGGCACACCAGGCGGCCUCAGGGGGAACUCGGUCCGGAGGCAGCAGUGUCCACCUUUCAGACCCAGUUGCACCAUCUUCUGCAGGACUGUAUUUUGAGCCUGAACCAAUUUCUUCCACGCCCAAUUAUUUUCAACCUCGAGAAUUUUCCAGCUGUGUUUCAUGUGAAGAAAACUCAAGCUGCCUCGACCAGAUCUUCGAUUCCUACCUUCAGACAGAGAUGCACCCGGCAGAGCCUUUGCUCAAUUCCAUUCAAAGUACUCCACACCAUUUCCCAGACAGCUUCCAAGCCGCCCCUUUCUGCUUUAACCAGAGCCUGAUCCCGGGAUCGCCUUCAAAUUCCUCCACUCUCUCUGGCUCCUUAGACUACAGUUACUCACCAGUUCAGCUGCCUUCAUAUGCUCCAGAGAAUUACAAUUCCCCUACUUCGCUGGACACCAGAAACUGUGGCUACCCCCCCGAAGACCAUUCCUACCACCACUUGCCCUCGCACGCCCAGUACAGCUGCUUCUCCUCAGCCACCGCCUCCAUCUGUUACUGCGCAUCGUGUGAGGCAGAGGACCUGGAUGCGCUCCAGGUGGCACAGUACCUCUACCCGAGCACAGACUGUGUGGACUUUGCCCCCUCAGCAGCCACCACCACUGAUUUCUAUCAGAGGGAAACAAACUGUGACAUCUGCUAUAGUUAAUAGAAAUUACAGUAAUUCGGAACAUGGCAUGGGUAUAUCUAUUUUUCUACCACGUCUAGAUGACACUGCAAAAUAUGCAACUUGGUAACACAAUAUCCCAAGAACAGUUUACAUGUCACUAUUCCCAAUUUUCUGAUGCAAACCUAGCCAUAUGAAGUCCUCAAACCGGGUCAUAGUGCCACUCCUACUUUGUUUGCUCAUAGUUUAAAUUUUUGUAGACAACUUUCAAUUGUUUUACCUUUUUGUGUAACGAACAAAUGCUCUCUCCUUUUUUAUUAAUAAAUAAUUUUGUAUUACUAAA